UCUGUUGUUCCCUUGGUCAUGGGAACAAAAUGGAUUCGCCCAAGACCUUCCCUACUUGUGCUCCUCUGUUAUGGGCAGCUCUUGCCAUGGCUCAGGGCCGAGGGCGAUCUGAGCUUAAGUACAGCUGGGACCCAAAGCAGCCUGGGACCAGACAAAGGGACUAAGCAGGCAGGGGCAGACUCCUCCCCAAACGAGACGCCCACCUCCUUCCCUGCAGCUAACUUCUACAAUGAGUCGGAGGCGAGGAAGUUCUUGGCGUUUUACGAGCAAACAGCCCAGCUUGUGUUGAACCAGUUUGUGGAGGCCACUUGGAACUAUGUCACCAACAUCACCAGGACAAAUCAGGAGAACAUGCUGCACAAGGAAGUGGAGAAGUCCCAGUUCAUGAUGUACUUUGGCAGCCGAGCUCGCCUGUUUAAGACGGCCCAGCUCCAAGACCUGGAUGUGAAGCGUGCGCUGAGUAAGCUGCAGGACAUAGACAAGGCGGCCUUGCCCAAGGACGAGCUCUGGGAGUACAACAAGCUUCUGGCCGACAUGGAGACGACAUACAGUAUGGCCCAGGUGUGCCUGAACGAGGGGCCCUGCAUGUCCCUGGAGCCUGAGCUUGAAGACAUCAUGGCCAACUCCAGGGACCAGAAGGAGCUGCUGUGGGCCUGGCAGGGCUGGCGGGAUGCAGUGGGGCGCCUGAUCCGCACCUCCUUCGAGCGCUACGUGCAGCUCAGCAACAAGGUUGCACAGCUCAACGGUUACAACGACAUGGGGGCCUUGUGGCGUGCCCGGUAUGAGGGGGCCUUGGGGCGUGCCGGGUAUGAGUGGGACACUCUGGAGCAGGACCUGGAGCAGCUCUUCCAGGAGCUGCAGCCGCUCUACCUGAACCUGCACGCCUACGUGCGCCGGGCCCUGCACCGCCACUACGGGCCCGAGCACAUCAACCUGAGGGGGCCCAUCCCUGCUCAUCUGCUGGGGAACAUGUGGGCUCAGUCCUGGAUCAAUAUCUUAGACCUGGCCCUGCCCUUCCCGGAGAAGCCCCCAGAGGACAUCACAAAAAUCAUGAAAGCCCAGCACUGGAAUGCAGAGAAAAUGUUUGAAGAAGCUGAAAAAUUCUUCACCUCCUUGGGGCUGCUGCCUGUCCCACCCAAUUUCUGGGAAAAGUCGAUGUUUGAGCGGCCUACGGACGGGCGGGAGGUGGAGUGCCACGCCUCGGCCUGGGACUUCUACAAUGGCAAGGACUUCAGGAUAAAGAAGUGCACCGAGGUGACCAUAGAGGACCUGCUCUCCAUCUUCCACCAGAUGGGCCAUAUCCAGUACUUCUUACAGUACAAGAACCUCUCUGUGACCUUCCGCACAGGCGCCAACCCAGCCUUCGAAGAGGCCGUGGGGUCUGUAAUCACCCUCUCGGCCUCCUCCCACAAGCACCUGGUUUUCAGAGGCCUGCUCAGCCACCAGCACCAGGACUCAGAGGAGGAGGUCAACUUCCUGAUGGGCAUCGCCCUGGACAAGAUCGUCUUCAUCCCCUUUGGCUACCUCAUGGACCUCUUUCGCUGGAAGGUCUUUGAUGGCACCAUCCACAAGGACAUUUACAACCAGGAGUGGUGGAACCUCAAGUUGAAGUACCAGGGCCUGUGCCCCCCCGUUCCUCGGUCAGAGGAGGACUUCGAUCCAGCUGCUAAGUUCCACAUUUCUGCCAGCGAGCCCUACAUGCGGUACUUCCUCAGUCUCGUGCUCCAGUUCCAGAUCCAUGAGGCACUGUGCACAGCCUCGGGCCAUGUGGGUCCCCUGCACCGGUGUGACAUCUAUAACUCCAAGGCAGCCGGGGAGCUCCUGGCGGAUGCCCUAAAGCUGGGCUCGAGCAAGCCUUGGCCAGAGGUCCUAGAGAAGCUGACCGGGCAGUCCGAGGUAUCUACAAAGGCCCUAAUGACCUACUUCAAACCCCUGCUGAACUGGCUGGUGGCAGAGAACGUGCGACAGGGAGACAUCCUCGGCUGGCCAGACUUCAGCUGCUCCUUUGAAGAAAAAGAAACCGACAAAAUGCGCUUUCUGGGUUUGGAGCUCGAACCUGACCAGGCCUCAUCUGGGCAGUGGGUACUGCUGGUCCUGAACCUCUUCCUGCUCCUGGUGACCCUGGGGUUAGGCUUCAGGCUGUACUUCCUAGAAAAGCAGUCACUGGCUGAGGACUCAGACGCAUCCAUCACAAUGCCCAAAGCCUACUUCCUGGGCCUACGCAUGGAGCCCCACCUGGUUGCCAGAAGGCAGUGGAUGAUGCUGGGCCUCAGCUUCAUCCUGAUGCUGUGCUCAAUCGGCCUGGCCAUUCGGGUUUUCACACAGCACAAUGGGAAGCCUCCGUGGAUGAAAACUGAGUGGUGGAGCUCGGACUAGAAGCCAGUGAGACUGCCAGCCUGCCCCCACCAGAGGGGCAGCCAGGACACCUCUGCCCACAUGAGGUCACACAUACAGCCUUCCCACCUCCCAGCCACACUGGCCAAUGAGGCCCCACCAGGCAUUGUGGCUCAGCGUGACAAAGGCACACCCUGCCCAAGAUGUCAAGCCUCCCACCUGGACUCCCACCAAAACCUCACUGAGCCUUUUCUCCUCUCCUCCCUGUUGUCACCCCUCAUCGUAAAGUUUAUUUCACCAGAAUAUUUUCUAUCUAACUGUUUAAAAGCUUGGUUGUCCAUAAAUUAAAUCUAGAUGUUCAAAAUGUCACCUGGAGGUCUUUAUCAAUUGCUCUUUUUCUCCAACCUUACCUGUCCUACCCCCCAACUCAGCCCCUCUAUACUGAGAUCACCCUUGACCUUUGCCUAAGGUGCAUGCCCCAUUUGAAUACUUGCCCUCCAAGGCCUGGCUCAAACUUGAUCAUUAAGUCCUCUGCCAAGCUCUGAGCCCAUGGAGAUGCUCAGUGAACAGUAGUUCCCUUCGCCCCCUUCUCUCCAAGAAGCUUCUUUCAAUAAACCUCACCCCA